CCCCCCGGUCCGUGGGACAAAUUUUCAAGCGUUGACCGGUCUGCAGCUACAAAAAGACAGCGAGUACAGGAUGAGCCCGGCUACGAGUGCUGCGUCAUGCGGGCUCCAGUGGACAGCAAGCGAAGAGCCGGGCGUACUGUCGGCUCACCACCUCCACCACCACUCGGUCAUCUCAAGAAUGGACUCCUCUGGCUCAGGGGACAAUCAAUUUUCACCCGGAGCCCGAAUUCAUUCUAAAUCAUCCGGCUACGACGUGUUGUCAGUGCUCGGACGAGGCGCCUUCGGUAAUGUUGUCAAAUGCCGGAAGACUACUGACCAUAAGACGGUGGCGGUGAAAACCAUCAAGAACCACGGUACUUCAGCCAAACGGGCCAUAUAUGAGAUUCUGGCCCUGCUUAAAAUCAAAAAGAUGGAUGCUGACAAAUGCCACUUUGUGCAAUGGAACAGCAUCUUCAGCAUCACAGGGCAUGUUUGCAUUGAAUUUGAGCUUCUGGACAAAAGUCUAUAUGACUUGAUUAAAGAACGGAAUUUCAGACCGCUGCAGCUGAAAGAGAUCAGGCCCAUUGUCUAUCAGUUGGCAGAAACACUGGACCAUCUGAAGGCUUCUCAGAUCAUCCACGCAGACCUCAAGUUGGAGAAUGUAAUGUUGGUCAACCACGUGCAGCAGCCCUACAAAAUUAAAGUCAUCGACUUUGGCCUGGCUGCCCACGUGUCCACCGCCAAACAGGGCUCGCUUAUUCAGACACUCCCUUAUCGGUCUCCAGAGAUCCUGUUGGGCGCCCCUUUCACAGAAGCAAUAGACAUCUGGUCCAUAGGCUGCAUCGCAGCUUUUUUAUACACUGGCACUCUGCUCUAUCCUGGCAAAAAUGAAUACGACAUGAUCAGGUUCAUUGUGGAGACUCAAGGUCUGCCUCCAGAUAAUGUUCUAGAAGCUGGACUACAGACCAGCUGCUUUUUCCAGAUGGAACACAACUUUGCUUGGAAGCUCAAGACACCAGACCAAUACCACAAAGAGACCAGUUUGGUCCCCAAAGAGACCAGACGAUUUAAGUUCAACUCACUUGAUCGCCUUUUGCAUUUUCAGCCUGGCAUCUUGAACACCAGGCACAUUGCAAACAAAGCUGCCAAGACGGCCGACGUGCAGAAGUUCGUAGAGCUGCUCAAAGGAUUGUUGCAGCUCGAUGCCUCCCAACGUCUGACACCUCGCCAGGUGCUGGAGCACGACUUCAGCAGCAUGAGCCACUUAGACCCGCUUCACGGCACCAGCUCUCACGUGCAGUCGUGCUUUCACAUCAUGUCCUUCUGCUCCAACAAGACCACUCUACAAUCCUUCGGCGGUAAAGGAUUCGACUCGUCAUCACUGAGCGAGCCUCACGACGACGAGCCAUGCUGUAGCCCCACAUCACCAGAACCGUACGAAAUCAUUGCCAAAGAAGAGCAGUCAGACCCAAGUUGACGUCAAACGGCCAGGGAUGUUUAGGACGAGAUGACGGGUUGGUGAAGAGGAGGGGAUAGUAUUUUCUGCCUUGAGUCUUCUCUUCAUCCUUCUUCAGUAACAGCUGUCAGCUCUCCCCCAAUCAUGUUGUGUGGAAAUGAAUAUUGGUGGUGGUCUGAAGCGCCAAAUAGCUGUAACUCACAGCAAGUGUCCGAACGAAUUAGUAGGUAAAAUGUGGUAAAAUCGACUUUGUGUUAGUGAGCAGCCAUUUCCAGAUUCAUCUGUAGUGAGGAUAUUUCCUGUUACAUAGAUGACUAUUCCAUAAACCGUUUCUUCCACAGGAUAUCUAGAUCCUGACCAAAAUGUAAAAUCUCCUUCCUAGACUGCCACCUCUUUUGUGGAAACUGUUGCUUAAUCCUGCUAACUGUACCGUCACAGUAUUUUCUGCACUAAUAUGUUAAAAUAGCUGCACACCACAAAGCGACUUUGUAUAUGUUGUGGUUUAUCAACGCAAAUUCAAAGUCUACGUUAUAUGCCCUAUAGCCUAAUACUAAGUGCACUUUGGACCUUCUGAUAGCUAAUAACCGGGCCAUUAAAUGGACCGGUAUCGUGCACGGCUGUGUCUGCAUCUUCAUUCUAACCGCCCUCCUCGCCCCAUGUCCUGUCUCUCUGCACCUAGCCUUUUAAUCCUCCAAUAAAACCCAUCUUAUUCUCACCGCCACCGAGGUGUCGGCGUCUGCCGUUGGCGCCAGGAAAUGAACAAUCCCCCAAACACGCUUCUUGAUGAAUGUAGUGUUUCAUCACGUUGGUGCCCAUGCCUCUGAUUUGUGUGCAGGGAGACUUGCACUGGAGGCUUAGCAGAUGAAUAGUCCUUGCCUGGGAGCUGCUUAGUCCGUGGCACACACGGGACUGGCUGGCUAUGUUGCAAUGCGACAGCUGGUUGACGACAACUGGUAGUACAUUAUGCAAAUGAGAGCAACUCCUCAACUUGGAUCGUUGUCAUUGAUUAGACUCAUGCAGGACUUGGUGUAAAUAUGUGGAAGUAGGUAAGAGGUGGUGGUUACUACUGUUAGUUUUUUAUAUCAGUUUGUUUGGUCGAUUUUCCUUAGUCUGUCCAUGAGUUGGUCUGUCCAACGCCAUCUCUUCUGUCUGUCUACACCUCUGUCCGUCCAAUGGAUGAACAAGCUUGACAGACCAAUCGCCAAAAACAGAUGGAUCUGAGAGCUUGUCCAUCUAUCUGUCCGUAUUUCUGUCCAUCAGUUGGCUGGUCCAUUCACGCCUACUAAAUGUUUGUGCGUCCGUCUUUGUCAGGCAGUUUGUCUUUUCCACCUGCUUCCAUCGUCUAGCCACUCACCAGCCAGUUCCUCAUGCAUUAGGUGUGCUUUGCCUGUUUUUCUGUCUCAAUGAGAAUGGAUACAAAUAAUUUGCACGUAUUUAAUGUGUCGUCCUCUUACAUUAUUGUGUACAUUAUGUCCCGAUCAACAGUUUUGGCAUCCACAUCCGAUUUUUGGGCCUCAGAUCUGAUCUGAUUUCGAGUCCCAAUGAAAAUAGGAACUGAAAAUGUUUUAUAGCAAGUAACUAAAGUAAAAAUAAGAUGUUCUGAUUAAAUGUAUAAUUUGCUAGUAUUGUUGUCCCUGGCUCGGGAUCUUUCUGUGUGGAGUUUGCAUGUUCUCCCCGUGACUGCGUGGGUUCCCCCCGGGUACUCCGGCUUCCUCCCACCGCCAAAAACAUGCACCUGGGGAUAGGUUGAUUGACAACACUAAAUUGGUCCUAGAGUGUGAAUGUUGUCUGUCUGUGUUGGCCCUGUGAUGAGGUGGCGACUUGUCCAGGGUGUACCCUGCCUUCCGCCCGAAUGCAGCUGAGAUAGACUCCAGCACCCCCCGCGACUCUGAACGGGACAAGCGGUAGAAAAUGGAUGGAUGGAUGGAUGGAUAGUAUUGUUGUAAAUCAGAUGUUUUAUUACAUUUGUGGUAAUGAAUGCUACAUAAUUUAGUUUUUAACUAAAUAAAGUGGCACAAUAACUAAACAAAAGCAAAAAUUGACUCCCAUUUAAAUUUGGGUUUUGCCCUCAAAGUUUGCUGUAUCCAGCUCCCUGAGCUUUUAAACAAUAUCAAAAAUGACCAAAUAAAAGAUUUUGUAAUAACAGGAAAAGUAAAAAAAAAUUGAUCUAAUCACUAUAGUAUCAUUUAUAUGCUGAUACUAUACUAGGUAUCGAUAAUAUUGACAUACGGAUCGAUCACCCCUAUUUUACAUUGAAGCUUCAGUGGUUAGUUUCUUGUCGUCCUGCUAGCUGUGUGUGUGUGUGUGUGUGUGUGUGUGUGUGUGUGUGUGUGUGUGUGUG